AAACAGCGGAGGAUUCAAACGGAACAUGGCUGCGGGGAAAGAUGUCGAUGAAAACACGCAAAAUAAAAGAGGUACAGUGUGCAGUAUGGUGAUCAAUCAUGACGAAUCCCCGGGGGGUUCUCGUGCUGGCCGCCCACCAGUCAUCUUCAAUCCAGACUUUUUUGUGGAGAAACUCCGCCAUGAAAGCCCAGAUGUUUUCCUGGAGCUGGUGCUUAGUAACAUCACUCGCCUUAUUGAUCUUCCUGGGACAGAGUUUUCUCAGCUGCUUGGCGAGGAGGGCCCCAAGACCCCAACAGGUGGAAACGGAGGCUUCUUUCGCUCUUUCAACUUCCUCAAACGUAAAGAUAAAGGCGUUGUGUUUGGAACCCCGCUGACAGAAAGCUGCAUUGCCCAGAUCUACCAGCUCAUUGAGUACCUCAGCAAAAAUCUGCAUGUAGAGGGUCUGUUCCGGGUGCCGGGGAACAGUGUACGGCAGCAGACCCUGAAGGAGCUUCUUAACAGCGGGGCUGAUGUCGACCUGGAGUCUGGAGACUUUCACCCCAAUGACGUGGCCACGCUGCUCAAGACCUUCCUGGGAGAGCUGCCAGAACCCUUGCUCACACACAGACACUUCCACGCACACCUUAAGAUAGCUGAUAUAACUCUGUUUGACGAGCAGGGCAACAAGACUGCGAUACCCAACAAGGAGCGUCAGAUCGAGGCCCUACAGCUUCUCUUCCUGCUGUUACCCCAGGCCAACCGCUCACUGCUCAAACUGCUGCUGGACCUGCUCUACCACACUGCCAAGCAGCAGGACAAGAACAAGAUGUCAGCCUUCAACCUGGCCCUCAUGUUUGCCCCGCACGUCCUGUGGCCCAGACACAUGACAGCUGGUGACCUGAAAGACCAUCUGAAGAAACUGAAUAACAGCAUGGCGUUCCUCAUCAAACACUCACAGAAACUCUUCAGGGCUCCGGUGUACCUGCGGGAAUAUGCCAGAGUGCACUUCACUGGGACCAAAGCUCCACAGACCAAGGAUGAUCUGGAGCUGCUGGCAGCGAGCAGCUCACCUGCUCAGCGGACUGUGUUGCCCCUAAAGAGGACAGCGGUUCUGGGCCCCGGCUCUCAGGAGCAGUGCCAGUCACCAGCUCAACAGUACACAGAAGAGGCCCUGAAGGAGCUCUUCAGACACGUCCACCACAACAUGCCAGACUCCGCCAAGAAGAAGAAGCUCGUCCGACAGUUGGUCAAACAGACAACCUCUGGGACACCUACCAACGAGCAGCACCGGGGCCCCCCAGCUCCCAGCAAGAAACACCCCCGCUCACGGUCCUUUGGUGGCCUCAUCAAGCGCAAAGCUCGCGGGGAGCAGCUGACAGCAGAGAGGCGGGUCCGACACAUCUCCCCCGACGCUGUCGGCAAAGCAGGAAGGAAACCCGGUAAAGAGAACGUCAUCCUCCAAGGGGUGAAGAGCCCACUAAAUGGUCCUGUGUUGGGGAAGGCGGGGCUAAUAGUAAAAAACCCCGACUUUACUUUUACUAAGGACAAAGCACUGAAGGUUUCUAAGCAGGACUCCCCCUCUGUGUCCAGGAUGUGUUUCUCUCCUGCUCAGGGGAUCUCAGUGUAAAAGCAGACACGUCCUUCUCAUCUCAGACCGGAUUCGGGCAGUAUUAAUAUUAUUAAUCCUCAUGUUUAUCAAUGUGUUUUCAUUGUAGUAAGUCAUUUAUAACUGUGACUAAUAUACAGAAGUUUUAGCCUCAGCCAGAACAGCCAAACCAAAGCCAGGAGCGCUCUGUCCUCUCUGCCUUUGGACAUUCAUCAGGAGUGUUUACAAACUGGUACCAACAGUAACAAGCAAACAAACAAAAGAAAAUCCUCCAUUGCAGCUUUUAUCUUGGUUGAACUUCAUUUAGGGAUGAUUAACAUCAACAGGAUUAAUAUAAUGCAAAUCAAACAUAUUAUCUGAGAAUGUGUCCAAAAUCCCGGCGCUGCUUUACUUUGUGAAACAAAAAUGUCCCGAUUUCUUUCAGUUUGGUUUGUUAAUGAUUCUGAUUAAUUGACAGCAAUACUGAAUUAUCAGCUGCACUUUCAAAGGACCCACAGUGGUUGCUUCUGUAAGAGUGUUGUAAAGUUUGGGAAGCAGCUGCUUUUGGUCACUGCAAACAAUUUUUAAAUUCUUUUACAUAAUUUAAAUUUUAUUGUGGGUUUUUUUUUCACACUUUUUGGGGAUUUCAGGUCAAAUGAGACAAACAUUUUCAUUCAUUUUUGUUUGCUUUAUUUUGGUCAUCAUCUAUAAUAAGAGUGUAUGCAGGGCGGGGUGAAAUGACCACGUAUGAGAAUCACACUACUGCACAUUUUGACCAAUGAAAAACUGAUUUAUUAAAACUCUUUUUUUAACUGCCCCGUGUGGCAAAAUCACAAGUCGUCCUGUAAGAUCAUGUUUUAAAAUGUGCCAGGAUAUUCAUACAAGCAUUAAUGCUCAUCAGGUUGCACGGUACUCUGUUUAAUAUAAACACUAAUUUAAUCUUUGUUUUUUUCUUCCAGCUCUGUGAAUAAUUUAAAUGAAACAUUAACCAGCGUCUUUGCUUUGGUUUGGCUUCACUGGCUCAGAGCUGCUUGUGCCACUUAUCACUUGAAACUUGUUUUGCUGGCUACUGUAUCAGAAUCUAUGAGCUAUCUGAGCUUACAGUCUGCUGUAGUGUGUAGAAUAUGUGUACAUGUUGUACUGUGUGUGUGUUUGUGUGUGUGUGUGUGGUUUUAAAGUUUUAGACUUUGUUCUUAUUGGGAACUGUGACGUUUGCUUUUUGUCUGAUGAGUUAUAACUCCUUGGUUACUGGAUGGUGUCUGGGUGAAACAUUUUCUUGGUGUUGUGCUGCUGAUCCAGAAUCAGUGAGCAGGUCAGUUUAUUUUUUCAAAUGUUUAACGCAGAUAUAAAAAAUAUGAUUUAAUCAGUAAUCGAUUUACUGCUCCCACAGGGAUGUUCAUUAUCAAGCCACUGACCGGUGUCCCUGUUUGUCAGUCUGUCAAAUGUGAAAUGUCUCAUGGGACUUCAGAUAUUUUUAAAAACAUUUCUUCUUCUUUUUCUUAUUAUUUUUUCUUUUUUACUUCAACUCAUGAUGGAGGGGGUCAUUUAUCUUAAGUUUAAGAGAAGUGGUGGAGAGAUUUGUUAUGUGAUGGUUUAAAUGAAAGUUGGAAGGGUGUUUUUGUGUGUUUAUUCUGAUGGAAAUGAGCAGUAACCUGUUACUUCUUAACAUGUGGGUGUAGGUGUGUGCGUGGGUGUGUGUGGGUGGGUGUGUGUGGUUUAGUAUCUAUACACAAAUGUGUUAAGAAGAAGCCUGAGUCUGAGGAAAGUAAGAAAGGAGCUUUGGAUGUUUGGAUUGAAUGUGCCAUCCAAAACUAUGCAAACAAGUGACAGCAAAACUAUCUUCAGGAUUGUGUGUAAUUAAAGGGGCAUUAAGUGAUUAGCAGCAGGAACUCCUGACAUGGAAACGUAGUGAGUCAUCAUUAAAGUUAAAGUGACUCUGUGCUGACACUGAACAUAUAAGCAAAAUAAGCUUCUUUUUAAAUGCAUCUGUUGUGUGUUAAGACAUAAUUUACAAAAUUUACACUUUAUUUACUAUAAUUUCCAAUAAUUGCUGGUGCUUUAACAGUUCAGUACUCAACAGUCACGUAUCUCUGUAAAAACAAAAUCAGGGAAUAAAUAAGUUAAACAGCACAGAUACGUUAUGGUUUUCUGUAUUUGCAGGGAGUAAAAAUGUUGUUUAAUGCCCCUUUAAAUAUUUGGAACUGUGCGAUAUAUCUCAGUUCCUUCACUUUCGCUGUUCAUGGCUUAACUGAUGUCUGCUCCAUUUGUUGUACACCCAGUACGGACGCACUGGUACCAGUAACAAGGUUUCAGCCCUGAGAACUAAACCAGUUUUUUUCCUCAGCAGCACAGUGCAUGGUGGAGAAAUUACAUGUAUCUCCAGCUCCUCCCCCGGGAGGUCAGAGGUCAGCUGCUGCCUUGCUCAGUGGCACCUCAGCAGCAUUGGGCCCUGUGUUAAUGAUGAUAGAGGAAACUUGUAACAUGUGACUGAUGCAUGUGGAUAUAUUUUUGGUUUGAAGCUUAUUUGUUGUGUUUUUCUCGGUCUGAUGUUGAGAAUCUGUUACUGGUGCGUCCUGUUUUGAAAGUGUUGUGGAUGUGGUUGAGGUGGGUUUGUUGGAAGUGAUGAAGGUGUUGAACGUGAGUCACAUGUCGGGUGUAGAUGGACUCCUUUUCUUUUAUGGUACAUCGUCAUAAAGUCUACACAGGACCUUUUCUUUUUGUUUUCCUGAAUUCAUCUUGGCAGAGAAUAAGAAACUGAACUGGGAUUCCUCCACGUCGUCGUCUCCUCAUCCUUCUCAGUUCUCUGUAGUUUUACAAACAAGUUUACAAACCAGGGAGAACAAAUUCUGUUGAAUUUAUUGUUGUUUGGGUUACAACAUUUUUUUAUAUGGGUGGAAUUUAGAAACAAAAAAAACAAUAUUUAAGGUACACUGAUUUUUUUGUUUUCCUUUUGUCUAACGAGAGCAGUUACAUUCUGUAUGAUGUGAAAUGUUUUUAUUUGACAAAAUGCCCUUUAGAGCCUUGUUCUUUUGAGUGUCGGUUUUUGCACGUCUGCUUUUGUUUCUUUACAUAAAUGUGAAACAGUUACUGAUCUCUUCUUGCUCUUCAUGGUCUCUGGUGAGUUUUUCACGUACGCUGUGAAAAUGGAGAAAAGCUCAAUGUGACAAAAGUGAACAUGUUAAGUUUUAGUCUAUUUUAAAUUUUCCUGUCUCUGUUUUAAUGAGGGUCAAUGAGAUGUGGAGAAAAACCACACUGACUUCAUUAGGUAAAAGGUUUAUUAGGUGAGGUGCUAAAACUUUGUCUUCUCAUUUGUCCAACCACAAUUUUUCCAAUGUCGUGACGAGCUCAUCGGUGACCGCUGUGGUUUAAACUGUGGUAACCUGUUUGUUUUUUGUACUUUAGUGUAAAAUAAUUUAACCGUGUACAUUGAGUUCCUUGGCGAAUGGUCCGCUUUGGAUUAAAACUUUUUUAAUGUUUCCUAUAAAAAGCCUGUUAUCUUUGAUUUAAUGUCUCACUUGUUUCCAUUGUAUUUUUCUUUUCUGUUUAGAGCACAGUGUUUGGUGCCCGUCAGAAACCAUCUACUGUAACAGGUUGUCAGCAGUGUAGUGCUUCUGUUUGUUCACUAGAGGGGGUUAUUAACUAACCUAGAUGUGUGU